AUGACAAGAAGAAAAGGCAAAGUUGUUGUUCAAGGAUCACCAAAAGGGAGCACUCAAGUGAACAACCCUGCCAAAGACGCUAUCAGGAAGAAGAGUACAUCUGCAGGUCAUGUCAAGAGCAAAGCUGUUACCAAAAGUAAAGGGGUUGGUCCUUCAAAAUCUUGGAGCAGGGUUAUUCCAAAGAAAAAAAAAGAGCGGGAAAUUGUUGAACCUGAAUCUGAUGUUGAAGUAAAUGUCCCUGACAUUUCAUCAAGGAAGAAGCCUACAACCAGUAACCUUGCUACUAACAUCCAUGAAGUUCCCAUUGAUAAUGUGUCUUUCCAUUAUGCCUCGAGUGUCAGCAGAUUGAAAUAUGUUUUCCAAAAGAGAUUAGAUGUUGAAAGGGAAUUGGCUCCAAAUGCUCUUGAAAACAAGGAGGUCCUAGAGCUGAUUCAAGAAGCUGGACUGCUAAAAACUGUGUGCAAUCUUCCCAAAUGUUAUGAGAAGCUGGUCAAAGAAUUUGUGGAAAACCUAUCUGAAGAUUGUGGCAAUAGCAAAAGUGCAGACUACAGAAAGGUGUUUGUAAGAGGUAAGCGUGUAUCAUUCUAUCCUUCUGUGAUUAAUAAAUUCUUAGGAAGACCAGAUGAAGCUCAAACUGAGCUGGAAGUAACAGACAACCAAGUAUGUCAAGUGAUCACAGCCAAGCAGGUAAAAAGCUGGCCCAUGAAAGAGAAGCUAACUGCAAGUAAGCUGAGCAUCAAGUAUGCAAUGCUUCACAAAAUAGGAGCAGCUAAUUGGGUUCCAACAAAUCACAAGUCCACUAUCUCAACUGUGCUUGUUAGAUUUCUGUAUGCUGUAGGAACAAAGGCAAAGUUUGAUUAUGGAGCAUAUAUUUUUGACCAAACCAUGAAGCAUGCUGGAAGCUUCAGUAUUAAGGGUCCAAUUGCCUUUCCAUCCCUCCUGAGUGGUAUAAUUCUGGAUCAAUAUCCAAACAUUCUCAACGAACAUGAUGUAGUGUGCAAAAGAGAAAGUCCCUUGGCUUUCCAUUACAAAUUGUUUAAGGGAAGGCAUGUUCUAGACAUUGUCAUGACAUCAGCUGAAACUUCCAAAUCUGGAGCAUCAGUCUAUAAAGCAGAAGUCAUAGCAAUACUAAAAGAGACUUGCAAAGAACUGGAAGCUAGAAAAAUGUCUCUUGAACAAAUGCUACGUACUCAGGAAAUGGAUGAGAAUGAGGAGUUUGCAGAUAUAGAAGAGAUGGGAGAUAAAGAUGAUCAAGAAGUAGAGGAAGAAAGUGCUAGUCCUGCUGAUGACUCUCAGAAAGAAGGUUCUUCAGACACCUCAGCUGGUUCUGACUCUGAGCAGUAG